AUGGUAAACAAUGACAAUCCAAUACAAGAAAAUAAUAAUUUAACAGACACUAUAUCCGAAGAUAAAUCUGAAAAUGUGGAAGAUCAAGAAAAUGUUACUGCACCAACUAUGUCUGAUGAUAUUGUAAAAGUUCAAGGAAAUAAUAGUAAUACAGAGAAUGUAUCAGAUGAUGCAACAAUUGAUAAAUUACAUAAUAAUGAAAGUGAUGGUAUGCUAGAAAAAGUUGAAGAUCAGAGAGAUGAAGUAGAUUUAUUAAAGACAAAUGUCUCAAAAAUUAAUAAAGAUGUAGAAACUAAUGUUAAUUUGAACGCUAUGAAAGAGUCUGAAAAUAAAUCAGAAAUUUUGCUUAAUGAUACAUCUGCUGACGUAACUCCUCAGCAAACAGCAAGUCUUGAAACGCUCGCAACUGAAAAUAAAUUUGUAGAAAGUGAAAACGAUAAAUCCGUUAACAUGUCAAUUAGUAAUGUUUCAGAAACAGAAAAGGAAGAUUCCCCAGAAGAUCCAACAAAUGCUAAAGAUGGGGAACAUACAAAUGCUAUAAGUAACAACAGUGACGUUAAAUUUGAAACUAAUAAUCAAGAUAAAGAUGCAAAGUUAAGUGAAAAUAAGGAAAUAAAUGAAAACAUAUCUGAAGGUACACCGAAUAAUGAGGAUCAAAAAUCACAAGUUGAUAUUACAACUGGAAAAUCUGAUAAAACUGAUAAUGUUAUAUCUACUGAAGUCAAUACACCAGAAGAUGUAAAUAAUAUUAAUUCCGAAAAUCUUAAAGAAGCGGAAAUUAACAAUAAUCAAGAUGAAAUAGGAAAUGAUAAAAUAAAUAAUACAGCUGAAACCACAAAUGAAAAUACUUCAGAUGUAUCAACUAAUAAAACAAAUAACAAAUCAGAUGAUCUGCAUAAAACUGAUGAAGAUGUUGGUAAAGAGUAUAUUGAAAAUAAGAAUAAUCGAGAAAAAGUUGAGAAUAAUACAAAUGACUUAACAACUGGCGAAUCGAAGAAUAAUCAAACGAAAGAUGAUGAUUCUACGACAGAAAAUAAAUCAGAAAUUUUACCUAGUGAAGAGAAUGAUAAUGUUGAAUUAAAUCUAGAACAAAAUGUGAAAACUUCUGAAAGUAAACCAGCAGAUGUUUCUGAUUCUCAAGAGAUUAUUCAGAAUAAAACAAAUGGCCCAACGCAUGAUAAAGUAGAAGACAAUAAAACGGAAUCAUCGACAAUUGAUGAUAAAUCUGAUGAUAACAAAAAAUCAGAAAUUAAAAAUGAGUCGGAAGAUGCAAACAAUGGUCACGUAGAUGUUGUUAAAGAAAUAUCAACUAUUGAUAAAGCAAAUGAUGUAAUAAAUGACGAAUUAAAAGAUGAUAAGUCUCAUGAUAAAACGGAAAAUGGAAUUAAUAAUGAAGCUUCUGAAGAUAGUCCAAGUUAUAAAAUAAAUGUUAAUACUGAAGAGCAGAAUGUUGAGUUAAAUAACUUAACAGAUAAUAAAACUGAAAUAAAAAGUAUUCAAAAUAGAACACAUGAAAGUAUUUCAGCAGUUCCGUCUGAAAAUAAAGUUGAAGAUAAAUCAAGUGUUAAUGCUGAAGACCAGAAUAUUAAGCCAAAUGACUUACUGACUGAUCAAUCAAGUAUGAACGAUGCUUUAAAUGAAAAUAUAUCAGAAGUUGAGAGUCCUGAUAAAAUUGAAAAUGAUAAAAGCAGUCAAGAAUCUGAUGAAAAAGUUUCUGAAAGGAAAUCUGAAGAUAGUACACAAGAUAAAUCAAAUGUUACUCCUCAACAUCAGAAUAUUGAAUCGAAGAAGUUAACGACUGAUGAGAUUGAAAAUAAUAAAAUAGAGAAACCUGCUGAUGUGAUUAAUGAUGAAUUGAAAAUGAAUUCUACAACACAUGAAAACAUUACAGCUGUUCCGCCUUACAGUGAUAGUGAAAAUGUGAAAACCAAUAAAGAUUCUGAAGUGGAGGUUUCUGAACAUAAUUCAAGUGAUAAAUCAAAUGUUAUUGCUCAAGAACAGAAGGUUGAGUCAAAUAAAUUAAUAACUGAUGAAGUUGAAAAUCAUGUUUCUGAAAUGAAAUCUGAAGAUAGUUCAAGUAAUAUACCAAAAGAUAUUUCUCAAGACCAGACUGUUGAGUCAAAUAACUUAACAACUGCUGAAGUUGAAAGUAAUAAAGAAGAACUUACUGAUGUGAUAAAAGAUGAAGUAAAAAGUGUAAGCGAUACAACCAAUGCAAAUAUUUCAGAAGAUAAAACAGAAAAUGAUAAAAUUAAUGAAAAAUCCGAAGAUCACGUUUCUGAAAAGAAAUCUGAAGAUAGUUCAAGUGAUAAACCAAAAGUUAUUGCUGAAGAGCAGACUGUUGAUUCUAAUAUCAUAACAACUGCUGAAGAUGAAAAUAAUCAGAAGGAAGAACCUACUGAUGUGAUAAAUGAUGAAGUGAAAAGUGUAAGCGAUACAACCAAUGCAAAUAUUUCAGAAGAUAUAACAGGAGAUAAUAAAAUUAAUGAAAAAACCGAAGAUCACGUUUCUGAAAAGAAAACUGAAGAUAGUUCAAGAGAUAAACCAAAAGUUAUUGCUCAAGAGCACACUGUUGAGUCAAAUAACUUAGUAACUGCUGAAGAUGAAAGUAAUAAAAAUGAAGAUUCUACUGAUGUGAUAAAAGAUGAAGUAAAAAGUGUAAGCGAUACAACCAAUGCAAAUAUUUCAGAAGAUAAAACAGGAAAUGAUAAAACUAAUGAAGAAUCCAAAAAUCACGUUUCUGAAAAGAAAACUGAAGAUAGUUCAAGCGAUAAACCAAAAGUUAUUGCUGAAGAGCAGACUGUUGAUUCUAAUAUCUUAACAAAUGCUGAAGAUGAAAAUAAUCAGAAGGAAGAACCUACUGAUGUGAUAAAUGAUGAAGUAAAAAGUGUAAGCGAUACAACCAAUGCAAAUAUUUCAGAAGAUAAAAGAGGAAAUGAUAAAAUUAAUGAAAAAUCCGAAGAUCACGUUUCUGAAAAGAAAUCAGAUAGUUUAAGUGAUAAACCAAAAGUUAUUGCUCAAGAGCAGACUGUUGAGUCUAAUAACUUAACAACUGCUGCAGAUGAAAAUAAUCAGAAGGAAGAACCUACUGAUGUGAUAAAUCAUGAAGUAAAAAGUGUAAGAGAUACAACCAAUGCAAAUAUUUCAGCAGAUAUAACAGGAAAUGAUAAAACUAAUGAAGAAUCCGAAGAUCACGUUUCUGAAAAGAAAUCUGAAGAUAGUUCAAUUGAUAAACCAAAAGUUAUUGUUCAAGAGCAGACUGUUGAGUCAAAUAACUUAACAACUGCUGAAGAUGAAUCUAAUAAGAAGGAAGAACCUACUGAUGUGAUAAAAGAUGAAGUAAAAAAUGUAAGCGAUACAACCAAUGCAAAUAUGUCAGAAGAUAUAAUAGGAAGAGCUAAAAUUAAUGAAGAAUCUGAAGAUCACGUUUCUGAAAAGAAAUCUGAAGAUAGUUCAAGCGAUAAACCAAAAGUUAUUGCUCAAGAGCACACUGUUGAGUCUAAUAACUUAACAACUGCUGCAGAUGAAAAUAAUCAGAAGGAUGAACCUACUGAUUUGAUAAAUGAUGAAGUAAAAAGUGUAAGAGAUACAACCAAUGCAAAUAUUUCAGCAGAUAUAACAGGAAAUGAUAAAACUAAUGAAGAAUCCGAAGAUCACGUUUCUGAAAAGAAAUCUGAAGAUAGUUCAAUUGAUAAACCAAAAUUUAUUGUUCAAGAGCAGACUGUUGAGUCAAAUAACUUAACAACUGCUGAAGAUGAAUCUAAUAAGAAGGUAGAACCUACUGAUGUGAAAAUAGAUGAAGUAAAAAAUGUAAACGAUACAACCAAUGCAAAUAUGUCAGAAGAUAUAAUAGGAAGUGAUAAAAUUAAUGAAAAAUCCGAAGAUCACGUUUCUGAAAAGAAAUCUGAAGAUAAUUCAAGCGAUAAACCAAAAGUUAAUGCUCAAGAGCAGACUGUUGAGUCUAAUAACUUAACAACUGCUGAAGAUGAAUGUAAUAAGAAGGAAGAACUUACUGAUGAGAUAAAAGAUGAAGUAAAAAGUGUAAGUGAUAAAACCAAUGCAAAUAUUUCACUAGAUAUAACAGGAAAUGAUAAAACUAAUGAAGAAUCUGAAGAUCACGUUUCUGAAAAGAAAUCUGAAGAUAAUUCAAGCGAUAAACCAAAAGUUAAUGCUCAAGAGCAGACUGUUGAGUCUAAUAACUUAACAACUGCUGAAGAUGAAUCUAAUAAGAAGGAAGAACCUACUGAUGUGAUAAAUGAUGAAGUAAAAAAUGUAAGCGAUACAACCAAUGCAAAUAUGUCAGAAGAUAUAAUAGGAAGUGAUAAAAUUAAUGCAAAAUCCGAAGAUCACGUUUCUGAAAAGAAAUCUGAAGAUAAUUCAAGCGAUAAACCAAAAGUUAUUGCUCAAGAGCAGAAUAUUAUAUCUGAAGACUUAUCAAGUGAUGAAGUUAAAAAAUCUCAAGAAGUUUCAAGUAAAAAGUCUGAAGAUAAAUCACAAGACAAUGUUGAGAAUAAAUCAAAUGACUUAACAAACGAUGAAGUUAAACCUGCUCAUAUUUCAAGUAGUAAAUCGGAAUUUCUGCUUAGCGAUCAAACAGAUGAUGAAAAAUUAAAUCUUAAAUCUGACGAGGAUGCUGAAAAAAGUAAUUCUGAAGAUGUAUUAAGCGGCAAAUCGAACAUUAUUGCUCCAGAUAAUUUUGAGAAUAACACAAAUGAUUUAACAAUUGAUGAAGUAAAAAAUAAUGAACAGGACAAAACGAUAACAGAUAAGUCUGUUAAUGUAUCGCAAUUAAAAACUGAAAAUAUAUCAGAACCUGAUGUACAAGUAAUUGACAGUAAAACUCAAGAUAUUUCAAGCAUUAGUACUCAAGAGAAUACAAAGAAUACCGAUAAAGAUGAAAUUAGUCAAAUGAAAUCAAUAGAUCAAUCUGAUGUGGUUUAUUCAUUAACAACAGAAAAUGCUCAGGCGAAAAAUAAGUCAAAUGAUUCAAUGAAGAAUUUAGUAGAAACUAUUGAAAACGAAAAUGUAUUGACCGAUGAAUCUGUGGAUCAUAAGAAGGAAGUUGCUGAAAAUAAAAAUGAUGAUAGUUCAAAUGAUUUAGCAGGCGUUAUUGUUGAAAAAAAUAUUAAGAGUAAGUCAAUUGAUUCGAUAAUUGAUGAAGUAGAAAAUAAUCAAACAUUUUCAACAGAAAAGUUAAUAGAUUUACCUACAGGAACAGAAGAACAAAAAUCAGGUAAUAACGAUGAUCUUAAUAAAGAAUUAAAUGAUAAAUCAGAUGAUAUGGAAAAAGAUAAAUUACCAAGUAUAAGCGAAUCAACUAAUGAAAAUGUAUCAGAAGUUUUGGCCAAUAUGGAUGUCUCUGAUAAGAAAUCUGAAGUUCUUGAUACGUAUUCUGCAGAUUCUUCAAGCAACAAAUCAAAUAUUGUUACUCAAGAAAGUGACGAGAAUAAGUUAAAUGAUGAAGUUCAAAAUAAUGAAAAAGUCAAACCUAGCACAAGCACGAGUGAUGCAACAAAUGCAAAUAUAUCAGAUCUUCCGUCUGAUGGUGAAAAUGAUAAAAUUAAUCAAAAAUCUGAAGAAAAAUGUUCUGAAAAGAAAUCUGAAGAUUGUACAAGCGAUAAAUCAAAAACUAUUGAUCAAGAGAAUAAGUUAACAGGCGAAGUUACAGAUCAGGUUAAUAAAAAUGAAUCCGAAUCAAUUGACAAAAACGUGAAAACCAAUGAUAAAUCAGACGAUAUAAUAAAUGACAAUACAGAUAACGUUAAUGUAUUAGAAAAUGAACAUAAAUCAAUUGAUGAUAAAGAUAAUAAAGAAGUAGAAAAUGUGAAAGUUGAGAGCAAUACAAAUUCUGAAGAUAUUGACGUUGAUAAAUCAUCUAAUUUUUCAGCAAAUAAGACAGAAACAAAACCUGAAGAUGUAAUUGAUGAUAAGUCAAGAAACCAGGAACAUAACAAUAAUUUGGUGAGUGAUGAAACGUGUAAAGAUAAAGAACAGAAAUCAUCUAAUAUGACAACUGAAAAAUAUGAGAAUGUUCAUGAAGUAAUGAAAGAAAAUAAACCUAAAGAUGUAAUGAUCGAUAAUUCAUACGUUGAACAUAAAAACAAUGAGAUUAUUGACCCAGUUCAUAAAUUAGAUAAUAAACAAACAGAUAAAAAUAUAGAUUCUGCUAUUAAACUUUUAGAAAAAGGACAUAAAACUGAAGAUGUAGAAGAUAUCAUUGAUAAAUUGAAUAUUAUUCCUGAUUCUGCUGAGUAUGUUCCAAAUAAUGAAAAUGCUAAAAAUGAAGAAACUGAUGGUACAGUGACUGAGGUAAAAGAUACUGCAAAAGUAGAAGAGGAAAAUAAAUCUACUGGUGUGACUGAAGGAGUAUUAAAUCUAUCACAAGAUAAGUUAGCACAUGAUGAAGAUGAUCUAAAUAUCAAACAAGAAGAACAUGUUGAAGUGAAAAAUGAAAAUAAAUCUGAAGAUUUAAAAAUUAAUGCAUUGGAUAGUGUUGAAGAACAUGAAGAUAACAAUAAUACGAUGGUUUGGAAGAUCAAUCAGCUAAAGAAGUAG